GGACAAUAGCCCACAACUUUGGUGAAAAAGAUUCGAAUCAGAGCAUCAGAACAUUCGGAACCCGAAUCCAUCCGACGGCCAUAAAAUUCAUGAUUAAACACCAAUCACAAUUUCUCAAAAGCAUAAUUCCAGUAUCUAAUUUGCACCCUUCCUUUUCCUGUUUUCCCUUUCUUAUUAUAACCGAAAUAAACCAACCAUUUUUGAGCCUUGCCAGCUCUGUUUUUCCCAUUCAAACACACAAUCUCUCUCUCACCCCAUUUUCCACUAAGUUAUAAACAUUUCUCUUUUAGCUCCGCCUGAAAGGGCUCUCAAAAUCCCAUUGUCCCAUUUCUGGGAGGGUCAACUUCGAAAGGAAAUUCAAGAAUUCUUUGGGUUUUUGAUUUCCUUUCGUGGGUCGCUGGCAAUACUCUUUUUUCCUUUUGUGUAAAGACUCUCUCUUUAUUGUUCACACUUAACAUUUUGGUGUUUGGUUGUGAAACGGUAAAAAAGAGACCGCCUUUUUUCUUCCAUUGGCCGGAAAAUCCGAUUCCGGUAGUUUGAUUUUAGGUGUUAAAUUCUUGAUAUUUCUUUGGUGGGUUUUUUGAAUUUUUUUUUUUAUAAAUUUUUUUCAAUUUCCCCCCUUCUUGUUGUUGUUGGCGGGAGGGGAUCAUUUAGUUUGUGAUAAAACGGAGAUGGUGAUGGCAGCAUCUCCUCGGAAAUCUAUAAACACGGUGUUUCAGAGAGUUGGGGUGUAUGGAUUUGGAGGAAGCAGUCAGAAGAGACAAAAGUAUGAUGAUAUUCAAGACGAAGAUGACACCUUGGAAUUGGAGCAAAUUGGUGCUGAGAGGACCAAAACUGUGUUGAUUCUGAUGAGUGAUACUGGUGGUGGUCACAGAGCUUCUGCUGAGGCUAUCAGGGAUGCAUUUCAGCUGGAAUAUGGAGAUGAAUACCGGAUUAUCGUGAAGGAUGUUUGGAAGGAAUAUACAGGGUGGCCACUAAAUGACAUGGAAAACCAAUACAAGUUCAUGGUCAAACAUGUGCAGCUUUGGAAGGUUGCAUUUCACAGCACAUCUCCAAGAUGGAUACACAGUCUGUACCUUGCUGCGAUCGCGGCAUUUUACGCCAAGGAAGUUGAGGCUGGUCUAAUGGAGUACAAGCCAGACAUCAUCAUUAGUGUUCAUCCUCUUAUGCAGCAUAUCCCUCUAUGGGUUCUUAAAUGGCAAGGCCUGGAGAAGAAAGUCAUUUUUGUUACAGUCAUAACUGACCUAAAUACUUGCCACCGCACAUGGUUUCAUCCAGGAGUAAACAGGUUGUACUGUCCUUCAGAGGAGGUUGCAAAAAGGUCCCUGUUAGACGGCCUUGAAGAAUCCCAAAUUCGUGUUUUUGGCUUACCUAUCAGACCUACUUUUUGUCGUGCUGUACUAUCCAAGGAUGAUUUGAGGGUUGAGCUUGAGAUGGAUCCAGAAUUGCCUGCAGUUUUGCUAAUGGGAGGUGGUGAGGGGAUGGGCCCUGUGAAGAAAACUGCAAAGGCUCUCGGCGAAUCACUCUACAAUGCAGAACUCGGGAAACCAAUUGGUCAGUUGGUUAUCAUUUGUGGCAGAAAUGAAAGCCUAGCAAGCACAUUAAGAUCAACUGAAUGGAAAAUCCCCGUCAAGGUCAGGGGAUUUGAGACGCAGAUGGUAAAAUGGAUGGGUGCUUGUGACUGCAUUAUUACAAAAGUGAGUUUCCUGAAUUUGGAAUUGUAUACAUCUCCAUUCCAAUUGUGCUUUAUGAUCUUCGGGACUAAUAGUUUUCAACUUUAUUCGGAUUCGCAGGCUGGACCAGGUACAAUUACGGAAGCCUUAAUAAGGGGACUUCCCAUCAUUCUCAAUGACUACAUUCCAGGCCAAGUAAGGGGAUCAAAAGUGAUGUCUUGAUAAUCCUCUUCAUGUUGCUCUUUAUUGUGAACUAACUUUUUAUACUACAUUUGGGGUAUGAAUGCAGGAAAAAGGAAAUGUUCCAUAUGUAGUGGACAACGGUGCAGGCGUAUUUACAAGGAGCCCAAAGGAAACAGCAAGAAUCGUGGCAGAAUGGUUCACUAUCAAACAAGAUGAGCUGAAGACAAUGUCAGAGAAUGCUCUUAGACUCGCGAAACCAGACGCUGUGUUUGACAUAGUAAAGGACAUACAUGAUCUUGCCUGCCAACGAGGACCCCUAGCGAACAUCCCCUACAUGUUGACAUCGUCGUUUUCCAGCUUAAUUUAACCUACAUUUACAAUAGGGUAUAUACGUUUUUGCCAUUUACUAAGGAAGUUUACCCAUUAGGAUAAAAAAAAUGUACAGGUAGAUGGUUUCAUUCUUUGGCCUGAUAUCAAGUAGUAAAGUGAUUUUGUUAGUCCAAACAACAGGAGGGGGAGGAGGAGAAAAGGGAAAAAACAAAAGGAAGAUUACUUGUAGGAGGAAUUAAUGAUGUAGUGGUGGUGUUAUAUUAGUUUGUAGUGAAUUUAUCAGUCAAGUGGAACAGUGAUGAUGAAGUUGUUGUUUGUUUUGAUAUUUUGCUGUUUCUGAAUAGAAAAAGAUGGUUUGAUGCCUAGUAUUCUUUUCAGUCCUUUUUUUGGCCUAUGUGAUGAAGUCUACUUGUUUGUUGGAGUAAGAAGGCCAUAAGAAAUUUGGUGGUUAGAAAUGAGUUGCUUUCAAGGUGAGAGACACUGCAUUUAGUACACUUCAGCCAAAUGGAAGUUUGAGCUUACAUUGUCAGCAACAUCCAUACAAGAAAUCACAAAAUGACUCUAUGCGACUCGAAAUAAGAAUCAUGUUUAUUGUAUCGGUGUUAAUUUUACACAUAAGACAAGCCUGUUUUAUGCUUGGGUCGGAUCAAGUGUAGUUUUGCAUAUAUUUACUCCUACCUUCCAAAGUUUUCUUUUCUAAAUUAUUUAAGAGACUCUGGUUGGUGGGGAGGAACUGCAC